AUGUCACGUAUGCCAACUUACUACACCUGGGACAUGAACGAUCCGCUCACAACCAACCAGACGUACGGACAUUCUCUUGAUGCAAUUUCAUCUCAAGAUGGGGACGCUACAUCCAAUUUGAACAGUGAUCGACGAAGCAAAUUACUGCAGCAACUGAAUGCAUCGAAAAACGCUUCUAAGAAAAACAAGUCGGCCCUGGUCGCAAUGGAACCACCUCCCUUCAUCUUCACAUCGGAAGCCACGUCACUCAGGAAGAAAAGUUCGAAAGCUGUCAACGUCGAUUACGUGGCUGGCAGGGUGAACAUUGUGGACAAGAUGGCCGCGACUGUUUUGUUUAAUGAGAAGACGAGGGAGGAGGAUGUGAAGUUGAGAGAGGAAAGGAAGAAGAAGAAAGAAAUUUAUUUGUGGCAUUCCAUGACGGGCUGCUUAGUGCAUUACAAACAAUAA